GAGCUUUCUCUUCUCAAGAUUUCUGGCGGCAUUGAAGAAGAAAGUCAGGGCAGACUUACCAAAGACCAUGGGAAAGCUGGCUUUGGUAUCCUGUCCAUGUUACAAAGGAUAGGGUAUAUGUUUCCUUACGGUUCUUUAGAGACUUUCUCUACAAUGUUACUGUACUUUGUACAAGUUUUAGGUGAG